AUGGCGACCACGACUCAACAGAAACUCCACCAUUCUACAUCUCAUACUCGAACCCUAGAUCUCGCCUCCUUCCGUUCCUAUAUCCCUUUGGCACUUACCGAUUCUUGUCCCUUCCUCGAGACAAACGUCGGUCACCUAAACUCAAAUGCUCUAAGGAUACCUGCUCCACCAUUUUAUUUAAGCGGACCAACUUUUGGAGAUGCAGAAAUAGACAGAGCAUCAUUGAAGAUUGGAGAAAAGAUUGCAUCUGGAUCAUGUGGUGAUUUAUUCCAUGGAGAGUACCUUGGUGUGAGUGUGAAGAAGGAUGUGAUCGUGACAAACUCUUCUUGUGCAUGGGUUUGCUAUGAAUCAGAUGGUGAAAUUGAGGCUCUACGUGAAUGGCUGGAAGAUGAUGAUCCAAAAGAAAAACAACUGAAAGAAAACAUUAAAAAAUGGCAAAGGAACAAACCCAAUGAUUUAAAUGAUGAUCACAUUGUGGGUCAAGUUGCACUUCAGUUCAGGUUUACAAUAUCCAAGGAUGACACAUUUAUUCUUGAUGGGGUUGGCGACAAAAAAGGAAUUGAAGAAAGAUGUGAACAGUUGAGAUCAUCAAUUAAAUUGAGCACUUCUGAUUAUGAUAAGGAGAAGCUCCAAGAGAGAUUAGCAAAAAAUUCUGGUGGUGUUGCCAUUGGCGGAGCGAGUGAAGCUGAAGUUGGUGAGAAGAAGGAUAGAGUUACUGAUGCUCUAAAUGCUACAAAGACUGCAGUUGAAGAAGGAAUUGUGCCAGCUAAUUUUGAUCAGAAGAUUGGUGUUCAAAUAAUUCAAAAUGCUCUCAAGUCAGUAAUCAUGAUCAGUUGCAAGUCACAAGUGGAUGAGCUGAGAACUGUAAAGGACUACUGGAAUUUACUUGUGUACACUGACUUUAGAGGCUAUAGUCCACAGACAUGGGAUUCUAUGUGA